UUUUAAUUUUUCUAAAAAAAAAAAUUCAAAUAUUUUCCCAUUUUAUUUCUCAAAUUUAUUCAUUUUCUUCUGCUGCUAUUAGUUCCUUUCGUCUUCCUCUCACUGCUCCAUAUCCAGUUGAAUUGAGAAAAAAUCUUCUCCGGCGACAUGUUUCCGAACGUAUUGACUCAGGUAGCCACCGGCUUGAGCGUCUUGGCCGGCGCCGUCUUAGUCAAAUCCGUCAUGGAUCAAAAACCCAUGGCCGGCCCGUUUCCGAGAUGCCCGACUUGCAACGGCACGGGUCGCAUCGCGUGCACUUGUUCCCGUUGGUCCGAUAGAGAUGUCGGCUGUCGGACUUGCGCCGGGUCGGGUCGAAUGGCUUGCAGCAGCUGCGGUGGGUCCGGUUCCGGUCGUCCCCUUCCGGUCCAGAUUUCCGUUCGUCAACCGACGAACCGUGGCUUCUAAGUUACCUGGUAUUGACUCUUGCC